AUGCUUGAUAAUGCAGAUUCAUCAUCACAAAGAUUCCGCAUUUAUAACUACCCCGUAAAUUCGAAAUAUGAUCUCAAAUCUUCUUUCGAUGAGCCAUCUGACAGUUUUAACCUCCUCACAAAGCGGCCUUUCCUUACAAACGAAAUUUCAGCAUUUGAAGAAGAUUUUAGUGAUGGCUACAUUUCUCACCUUUACUCUGAAGGCUCUACAAUUAAAAAGAAAAAUCGUGAAGAAUUCAAAUCUGACCUUGUCAACGAAUUCUUACAAAAAGACAAAACUAUUAUUCGUUGCCAGCGCUCUAAUAAAAGACGAAUUGAAUGGGCAUGCUAUUUUUCACGAAUUCGUCAAAUGAACAAAUUUCCUAAAAUUACCCCAGAAACUCCAUGCAAGUUUAUAAUGAAAUGAUUGGUAAGCUAUGCAGUGCCUGAUAGUAUAGAAUAUUGCUGUGGAGAGAUUUACCCAUAUCAUAAUCAUGCAAAAAUUUCUAAUGAACAUAUAGAAAGCAUGGCCCAAUGUACUUAUUUGCCAAGAUCAAUAAAAGAUAACGCUGUUCAACUGUUUUCAACUGGUCUCACAUUUAGGCAAGUCUAUAAAAUUUUAACCCAAAAAUACCCAAAUAUCAUUAUAAAUGAAAAUAAGCUGAGAUAUUUUUUGCAAAGUAAAUACCAAGGACAUUCGCAGCAUGCGUCGUCAGAAAUUGAGGAUAUUUUACAUUAUAAUUUUAUGGAGGAGGACACUAUAUCAAUAAAAGAUCCAGGCGGGAAUAAAUUAUUUGUCACUACUGCUAGAAAAGUAGAAAUCUGAAACAGGCUGGGAGAUAUAAUCCUUAUAGAAAGUUCAUUUCAAAUACACCCAUACUAUAGCUGCUGUUUGACUUUUUUUACUGUGGAUUCUAAUGGGAUUAAUAAUUUGAUAGCAAUGGCUCUAAUAAAAGUAGAAGCCAAAGAAAAUUUUGGGUGAUCAUUUAAUUGCUUUAGAGAGCAAGGAUUUAGAAACCCAAAAACUAUUUUGGCUACCUCAAAUCCAAUAGAACAUGAAGCUUUGCUGGAGAAUUUCCCAGAAUCAAAUAUUAUACUCAGCUUUCAUCAUAUUGAAAAAAGGUUAAAAUUAAUGCUAAUACAUGAGUGAAGCAUCAUAAAGGACCGAUUUCUAUCUAUAUAUGAGUCUGAAAAUCACAAUGAAAUGAUACAAAAAUAUUCCUCGCUAUUAAAUGAUUAUCCUGAAUUAGAGAAAAACCAUGAAAUUUCCAGGUUAAUGCUAGACUUAGAAUCCUGGACUAAAUUUUCAGUAAAAAAACAUUUCACAGCUGGCUUAGAUUCCAAAAAUAGGCUAAAUAACAUCGAAAAAAUACUAAGAAAGCUCACAAAACUAAUCAAAAGAAACCAAAUUUUUCAAAUUUUUUCUUAUCUUGAAGAAGUUUCAGUAUCAAAUAAAGAAGAUUUAUGUGUGAAAAAUUUAUCUAUGAAGAGCUCUACAAAUAUGAUAAACAGUUUACUGAAAAAUAUAAAUGGUAUCCAAUACAUUUACGAAUCUUAUUGCAUUUUACAUAUCUUAAGCUCAAUAAGAGAUAUUGAGUUUUGUAGUAUAGAUAGUGAUGGCGACAAAGAAAUUUUAGUUGUAGAAGAUCAAAAAUCCACAAAAAAUAUAAAAAAUUAUCAAGUUGACUGAGAAAAUAGCUAUUGCACGUGUGAAAAAAUAAUGAGAUAUGGGAUAGCUUGCAGCCAUUUAAUUUAUGUUUGUAAGGUAGCUGGGAUGGAGAUGAUAAGGUUUAUUGUUAAAACUACUUCGAGAAGAUGACUGUUACAAGAAAUGAAGAAUAAAAGUAAUGAUGAGCUUUUGAGGGAUCUAAAAUAUGUCAAUACGAUAGGACAAUUUAAAGAUGAUGAAUUAAGCUUGAGAUAA